AUGGAAGAGAACAAAACGGUACCGGUUUCUUUGUCCUACACAAGCAAUCCUCACGAUGUGAAGAAACGAUUGUUGUACAGCAUUUGCUGGCUCCAAGAUCUUGGGGUUGGACACAUACAGCAUGCAACUUCCAAGAUAUGCUCAGCUUUGAUCAAAAGCCUCAUGGAGAUGAAUGAAAAGAAGAAGCACCAAUUCCAGGCCCGAAAAGUCUUCUACAGAAAAGUCCGGGUGCCCGCGGAUGGGCUUUGCGGUUGGUACUGCCUCUUGGCAGCCCAGGAUCCAAGUGCGUGGGAGAAGAUACCACGUAGUGAAGGGUCUUUCCCCAUCAAUCGUCAGAUACACCAACAGGAAUUGAACAAUGCCAAGACUCUGCAUAGAGAUGUGUGUGAGAAAGCCCUGACUGUUUGCAAUGAGUCUUAUCAUGGAGCUAUCCGGGAUGUGUUGGCACAUCCAAACUUUUCACCUGCCAAUUUGGAAUGGAUAGCCUACACAUUGUCCAUCGCAAUUCGCUGCACAUGCGAUCCCAAGGUUGGCCUCUAUGAUGGGACACAGUUGGACACAAUCUAUGGAUGCGGAGAGCCUAAUGUUCACAUGCUGUUCUCAUUUGACAAGGCUGUGGCAGGAAGCCAUGACUUCGGGCAUUUCACUUUGCUCAUCCCAAGCCAUUCCAAAGGUGGUGAUGGCCUACAGCUGGAUGAAUAUGUUGGUAUGAAGGUUGCAGAAGAGAGUCAAAAGCUUCUAUCCUUUAUGGCAAAUGACGAUCCUACAACAGUGCAAGCAGCCAUCACAGACGAACAAGCAAGUGCAGGAGAUGACAAGCAUCCAGACAAGCCAGAACUAGCUUGCAGCACCGCACACUUAGAACAGUCCCAGAGCCAGCAUCAGCCAGUUCAGCCAACUCCACAGGAGAAACACACAGAGACAGCAGCCCCAACAUCUCCUCGACAAGAGCCAAAGAAGCAAGAGCAAGAUCAACAGCAGCCAGCAGUUGAACAAACAACAAAAAGCAACAUCAAUCCAGGAGAUGACAAGCAUCCAGACAAGCCAGAACUAGCUUGCAGCACCGCACACUUAGAACAGUCCCAGAGCCAGCAGCAGCCAGUUCAGCCAACUCCACAUGAGAAACACGCAGAGACAGCAGCCCCAAGAUCUCCUCGACAAGAGCCAAAGAAGCAAGAGCAAGAUCAACAGCAGCCAGCAGUUGAACAAACAGCAAAAGGCAACAUCAAUCCAGGAGAUGACAAGCAUCCAGACAAGCCAGAACUUGCUUGCAGGACCGCACACUUAGAACAGUCCCAGAGCCAGCAGCAGCCAGUUCAGCCAACUCCACAGGAGAAACACGCAGAGACAGCAGCCCCAACAUCUCCUCGACAAGAGCCAAAGAAGCAAGAGCAAGAUCAACAGCAGACAGCAGUUGAACAAACAGCAAAAGGCAACAUCAAUCCAGGAGAUGAGAAGCAUCAAGACAAGCCAGAACUAGCCUGCAGGACCGCACACUUAGAACAGUCCCAGAGCCAGAAGCAGCCAGUUCAGCCAACUCCACAUGAGAAACACGCAGAGACAGCAGCCCCAACAUCCCCUCGACAAGAGCCAAAGAAGCAAGAGCAAGAUCAACAGCAGCCAGCAGUUGAACAAACAACAAAAGGCAACAUCAAUCCAGGAGAUGACAAGCAUCCAGACAAGCCAGAACUAGCUUGCAGCAUCGCACGCUUAGAACAGUCCCAGAGCCAGCAGCAGCCAGUUCAGCCAACUCCACAGGCUCGAGCCAAGAGGCGCCUGUGGCCGGAAUAUUCAAUCAAAGUGAUUCCCCCUGGUGCGAAUGCUGGAGUUGAAGUGAAACAAGAGAUUUUUUCCAGCCCAGAGCCGUCACAACAUGUGAAGGUUGAAGUGAAAGAAGAAGUUUUAUCCAGCCCAGAGACAUCGCAGCCAUCAAAGCUUACCAGCAGCAGCAAAUGUCUACCGAGAAGGCAGGGCAGCAGAAAUCAACAUGCUGAAUGGAAGGCUGUGUCAGCACCACCCGAGCCUGAAAUCAGCGCUCUGUUUCAAGGAAAGGCAGAAUCACCAACACCACAUGUGGAAGAUGUGUGCUUGUUUGGGGACCUACUGGAUGCAGAAAGUACAUGUGCAGGAAAGAAUGACAAAGAUUCACAGUUGGACCAAAAUCUCACACGCAGAUUUCAGAGGAUAGCAACAACACGGCAGCAGAAGCAGCAGCCGCAGCAGCAGCAAUAUGCAAAGCACAGCCUGGAUUCAGACGUCCGUGAAUCACCAAGACCGUGGAAACUGGCAAAGUUGAGACCACACAGCCAACACAACAAGUCACCAGCUUCAACUACCACAUCUAGCCCAGAGAACUUAGACAAAAAAGUGAAUUGCAUCAUACUGCUAGAGAGCACCUGGGAAAAAUUGGUAGCUGGCCAAAGUACAACAAUUUUUCGUACCUACUCCUUGCGGACCGCCCCACUACAACUUCAUGUGCUUUCCCGUGGGGAUGGCAGCUUCACUUCCUAUGUUGGGAAGAUGACGGUUCGCGAAGUAGAAGCUGUGACCUCUAGUCGCACUGUCAAAGACUAUGAGAACAACCCUAUGGAGGUCAAAUUCUGGUCUGAUAAGGUCAGGAAUGAGAAAGAAGUUUUCAUAUGGAAGAUCAGCACAGUGCAGGCAUGGGAUGAACCCAAGCCGAUUCGGUUUCUCCAGGCAAAGUAUCGGAACAGGCACUUUCAGGUUCCCAAGAGACAGCUCAUGCAAGGUUCUGCGGGAAUGGAGACUCCUAUGCCGUCCUUGUAUGCAACAUCAGCUUGGUUCGUGCGUUUGCUGAGCAUCUCUCAAUACCAGCACCUCAAACGUGUGGCUCUAGAACUGGAUGGAACUGAUUUAAGGAUUGGUACCACAUGUUCCGGGAGCGACAUUUGCAUUGUGGCCAUUCAUGGUUUGAUGGAAGCCAUCAAUGCUGAGUUUGGUGUCAACAUUGGUGUCAAACACGUCUUCUCAGCAGAGCUUGACCCGAAGAAACGUCAGUACAUUUUGGAUUGUCAUCAGGCUGAUCACGUGUAUGGCGAUGUCAUCGCAUUCAGCAACCAGAGAGGGCACUGUCUUUUGAAUGCGAAGCGCAAAGACUUUGCAGGUAGCUACCAGUCUGGAGAAGGUUUCGGAACAUCUGCACACACUUACAAGCACGGCUGGAAGGGAGUUGUUGAGCUUUUGUGCCCCAUCAUGUCCAUCUAUGAGAAUGUGAAGGGCGCAAUGGAGCGAAACACAGAUGCAAAUGGAAGGAAGCAUCCACCUGCCAUUCAAACUGUUGAGAAGGAUGCCAAUGAAAAUGGCUACCAUUUCGUAUGGUCGCUGCUUGAUUCACAGGACUUCCUAGUGCGGCAUCGACGCAAUCGGGUUUGGGGAGUGGCAGCAGUAAAUUCAGGGCAACAAAGCGAGGCUGAAUUCCAAACUUUGUACAAACGUGCAAUUUCAUCUCUACAAACCCACUGCCACUUCUCUAUGCGGGAUACAUUUGGCCGAUAUCCUAAAGAGGAUCCCAAGACUGAUCGGGAGCGGGAGCUUCUUGAGAAGGCAGUGGAGAAAUUCAAAGGGGUGCUUUUCUACACAUCCAACGUGGAGAUAUUGCUGCCGCAAGCCCUUCAGCAUCUGGCUAUUUGCAAAGCCUAUGAUGAUAUUGUUGAGAAAGGUUCAAAGUAUCCUGACAAAGACCUGAAAAAGUUGAACAUGCAUGGCUAUUACAGAGGAUGCGCCCUACCUAGCAAGUGGGGAAAAGCCCGCCAGGAACAAAAAUGGGGUUUACUUUGCAUGACUGCUCCAGCGCUUUGCAAGGCCAAAAAGGAGCUGCCCAAUAGCCUACGCUUGGUCAUCAAUUUUCCCACACUCAAGCAUGGGAAUAUGCAUGCACACUCAGAGACGAGGACAAUGUUGCCGGGUGUCUUGAAGGGUGCCGUGGAGGAGCUGGUAAUGGAAAGAAUUGACCAGGGUGAAGAAGUUGGUGUGGCAUUUGUCAAAAACACAAUCCUUUUCUUGGUUUCGGUCUGGAAUGACUGCGUGCUUUCCAUUCGUGAGCUGAUUAGGAACAAAAACUUGGACAUGCUGAAAGAUGAGGAUGAAAAGUUGUCCAAAAUGUCCAACAAACAGUUGGAUGAGCUUUUUUCUUCUCUCACCAAACGUGCUGAUGAAAUUUUGGUGCCUAUCCAAUUGGCAAAGUCCGAUGAUGCCCUGACGAAGCAGGCACACAGGAUUUGCAACAUGUAUGGACUUCGUUUGAAGUCCAUCGAAAAGCCUGGAGCGCACUUGGCCUACGAUUCUCCGGCUUUAGAAGCAGUGAGAUCACAGAUCCGUGCCUUGAUAGAAUCAAAACAUGUGCAUCCCCAAUUGGUCAUGAACUUUGACCAGGUCUGGUCAUUGCGAUUCAGACCUCGGAAAAAAUCCUAUAUGAAGGAUUCGAAGAUGGCUGGGGUGCAAAAGGACCCAUUAACUCGGUCCAUGUACAUGAGAAAGAUACGCCAUUCUUUGCAGCAAUGUUUGGACCUACCAUUUAGUGAGCCAAACCCAAGAGAGCCACCCAGAAUUCUUGCCCCAAAACCCCCGACAGUACUGGGAGGGAAGGCAGCUUGUGGAAUGAUAGAUGAAUGGAGGGUGCCAAGAACGGUUACCACCCUUUCAUUUGCUGAUGGCUAUUGCGGACGACUACAUGUGACUCUGCGGGAGGGAUCGCUACCAGAGGAGAAACGCAAUGCUCUCAACGAAGAGCUCAGGCGAUGGCUGGUCAUUGAUCAACAACAGUCGAAAUCGCACAUGUGGAACGAGAAUACCCUGGUGAGGUAUUUAUCACAUUUGUCGCAGGAGUUGCGACACCGCCGAAGACAAUUGAACCUAACCAUGCAAGACCGUGCCUUGUGUUUCUAUGAUCAGGCUGCUGCACACAUGUCCAAAUCAUUCCUCAAAAUCCAAGAGAAGUGGUCAGAAGAAAACAAUUGCGAACUGAUGAACGGUCACUCAGAGGUGCCAAUACCUGGUGGUUUUGGUGCCUCUGGGGCACCCAACGACAGUUGGCACCAGGUAUUGCAUAGUCUUACAAAGAGUUAUACUCGAUUGGCUGUGGGGUGGGCCGAAUUUCCACACCUCCGUCGAAGAUUGGAGGAACUGGAAUUUUCAGUGCAGGGCCAACCUUCUACAAAGUUCCUGGGUUCAUCUGUUCUGGUGGGCAGGAUUACACUUAGAACACGUGGUUCUUUCCCACAUUUCUACUAUAUAUAUAUAUAUAUAAAGAAACACCCACAGAUCUACCCAAGAGUAAUGGAGGGUCAUCCCUGGAUGAAAUGA